AAAGAAUUCAGGGUUCAGGUUUGGAUGGGAACCUACCCGUUUGGGUCCCUAGAUAUAAACGCGGUUACCAUCUCGAUUCUACUCUCAAAUCUCACGAACAAAGCACCAGUUCAAACAAAUCACCCUUAUUUCACUCUAUAUACUCUUAUCUAAUCCAUUAGAAACCCUAAUUCAAUAAUCGUCUUCUCAUGUUUAUUCAAAACCCUAAUUCACGCUCAUUAUUAUUAUUAUUGCUAUUGUUGUUCUUUUAUCUGGGCUUGAGUGGGAAUGGAGUCGGAGAAAAUUCUUCAAAACCCUAGGUUCGCGGGUAGCUCUGCCAAGCCCAUGCCAAGCAAUGAGUUAUCGCAGAAGCCACCACCACCAUCGUUGCUCGAGAGGUUUAGGGCUUUGUUGAAGCAGCGGGAAGAGGAGGUCAGGUUUUCCGCCGAGGAUGAUGACGUCGCUGUGCCGAGUCUCAGCACCGAGGAGAUUGUGCAGCUUUACGAGUUAAUGCUUGAUGAAUUGACUUUCAAUUCGAAGCCUCUCAUUAAUGAUUUGACGAUUGUUGCUGGCGAGCUGAGGGAGCAUGGGGAGGGCAUUGCUGACGCUAUUUGUGCUCGCAUUAUCGAGGUUCCAGUGGAACAAAAACUGCCAUCAUUGUAUCUUUUGGAUAGCAUUGUCAAGAACAUUGGUCGUGAAUAUGUUAGGCACUUCUCAUCCCGAUUACCUGAGGUUUUCUGUGAGGCAUACAGACAAAUUCAUCCUAACCUGUAUCAUUCAAUGCGUCACCUCUUUGGAACAUGGUCUACAGUGUUCCCACCUUCUGUGCUUCGCAAGAUUGAGACUCAGCUGCAGUUUUCUCCACAAGUUAAUAGUCAGUCCUCUGGCUUGCCCUCCUUGAAGGCAUCUGAUUCAUCAAGGCCAACCCAUGGCAUACAUGUUAAUCCAAAAUAUUUGCGUCAGUUGGAACAUUCUUCAGAUAAUAAUGCACAGAAUGUAAGAGGAGCUUCAUCAACUAUAAAAAUAUAUAGUCAAAAACCUGCCAUUGGAUAUGAUGAAUAUGAUUCUGAUCAUGCAGAGAUCACGUCUUCACAGGUUGGAGGCCAAAGAUUAAGCACAGCUGGAAGUGUAGGCCACACAUCCUUUACACUUGGGGCUAAUAAGCUGCAUCCAUCUUCGAGUUCCAGGCUUGCAAGACGCAUUUCGCCUUCAAGUGUUGGAGCUGAGAGGCCACUACCUUCAGAAGUUGAUGACUUUGCUGCGGGAAAUUCUCCUCAAAGUUUUGUUGAUGGGGCUGCUUCAUCUCAUCCAGUGCUCAAUUACGGAUCUCUUAGAGUCAUUGGCAGAGAUGAAGAGACAAAUGAAUGGAGAAGAAAACACUAUUCAGAUGAUAACCAUAACCGAUUAGAAGCUUCUAUUGCAUAUGGCCUUUCCAAUGGACAUGAGCGUCAAGGACCCAGAGCUUUAAUAGAUGCAUAUGGAGAGGACAGACGGAACAGAACUACAAAUAGCAAUUCUUUCCAAAUUGGACGCAUAGAUUUAGAUGGUAUGGCCAAUAGAGUGGGUCCAAGAUCUUGGCAGAAUACUGAAGAGGAAGAAUUUGACUGGGAAGAUAUGAGCCCUACCCUAGCUGACCGCAGCAGGACCAAUGAUUUCUUAUCCUCUGUUCCACCUUUUGGAGGGGCUGGGGCUAGGCCUCGCCUUGGCACAGCUGCUUCUGUUCAAUUGGAUUCUGAUAGUAGGAGCAGUCGAUUGGGUCAGGCUCAACCAUCAUUGAUGGAUGAUUCCUCUAAUAUUGCUGAAGAUGCAGUCCCCAUUCUGGGUCCUGGUCAUGGAUCUGCAGUUAAAAUAACUGGAUUCCAAACUGAGAGAAGUCAGAUUAUAGGUUCUCGAUAUCCUCCAGAAGCUUGGAAAUUGUCUCAUCACUUCCCUCAGACAACAGACCUCUUGAAUGCUCAAGGAAGCAGUAGGGAAUUCCAGAUGCCAUUUUCUAGAAGUGGUAUACCCACUUCAGGCAGUGAGAGUUUGGGUCCCCUCAGUGAUAAACUUCCAGAUACCGAUAUCCAACUUCUCAGGCCUCCAACUCUUCCAUCGAGAAUGGUUUCUAGUAUUGCACCAUCAUCAACUGGGGUAUGGCCUCUUGUACAUGUGCAUAAAUCUCAUCCACCUCCUGUACACCCCAUUUUUCCACUGCAGAAGCAGAGUAGAAGUCAGUUUGAUUCAGUGACUGCUAGUAAAGGUGUAAAUCAGGGUUUACACAAGUCUUCCUUUGCAACUGAGCAACAGUUCAAUGGCCUUGAAAGCAAAGACCUGAGUUUGAUGAAGCGACCACUAUUACCCAGUCAGCGUACUGUGCAGAAUAAGCAAAACCAGGCUCAUGCUAAUCCUUUUCAGCCACAGUUUCUUCUAUCUAAUGAAGCUCGAGAAAAUCUUCAACCAUCUGUGGCUUCAGUUCCAUCUCAUCCUGUGGCACUUCCGUUGAACCAUGGAUAUGCUGUGCGAGGGCAUGGUGCAGUAAUGAGUAUGGCUCCUUCAAAUAUUGUACCUUCUAGGCAAUUUCCUUUACCAGUCAACAAUAUCCUGAACACCUUGCACUCACAGGGUGGGGUUCGACCACCUCUACCUCCAGGUCCUCCUCCUGCUUCUCAAGUGAUACUUAACCCUCAAAAUGCUGGUGCAGUUGCCUCUAGCCAACCACCAGGCGGUGCUUUUUCGGGUUUGAUUAAUUCUCUCAUGGCUCAAGGUUUGAUCUCAUUGACAAAUCAAACACCUGUGCAGGAUGCCGUGGGACUUGAGUUCAAUGCAGACCUUCUUAAGGUUCGCUAUGAGUCUGGAAUAAGUGCCUUAUAUGCUGAUCUUCCCAGGCAGUGCACCACUUGUGGCCUUAGAUUUAAGUGUCAAGAAGAGCACAGUAGUCACAUGGAUUGGCAUGUUACUAAAAAUCGAAUGUCGAAGAACCGUAAGCAGAAACCCUCUCGCAAGUGGUUUGUUAGUGCAAGUAUGUGGCUCAGUGGGGCAGAGGCAUUGGGAACUGAUGCAGUUCCUGGAUUUUUGCCUACUGAGACCAUUGUGGAGAAGAAGGAUGAUGAAGAAAUGGCUGUUCCUGCCGAUGAGGAGCAGAAUGCAUGUGCGUUAUGUGGAGAGCCUUUUGAUGAUUUCUAUAGUGAUGAAAUGGAGGAAUGGAUGUACAAAGGGGCUGUCUACCUGAAUGCACCUGAUGGAUUAAUAGCAGGCUUGGAUAGGUCCGAGUUAGGCCCUAUAGUACAUGCUAAAUGCAGGUCUGAGUCUAGUGUGGUUCCGUCUGAUGAUUUUAGACAAGAUGAAGGGGGAAACACUGAAGAGGGUAGUCAGAGAAAGCGAAUGCGGAGUUAAGCAUAUUAGAUCGGCUUUUAAGUCCUCUGUAAUGUAGAUUGAGUUGUCAUAUUACAAGUAUGCUCUUCGAUUUUUUACAGUAGUGUUUGAGCUUGCAAUAUUGUGCCUUAAUGCCAGAAACUUGUAUAGUUGAACUUGUACCAUGCAUAUCAUCUUGCAGCAAAAGGUUACAGAUUCGCUGACUUUGGGGUUCCAGUUGUUUUGAGUUGUCAAAACAACUAGAGGGACGCUUAGGAUUUCUUUCAUUAGAAAACAAAAUAAACUAAAUCUUUUUAUUAGUUUAUGUUUAUGUUAGGCUCUUUUAAUGCCUAAACCCCUCCCCCUUCUCGUGGAAAAAAGAAAAAGGAAUAAUCAGUGGUUUGGUGAAAAGUGUAUACUCUGAAGAAAAUUGGUAGUGACUGAUGAGAAUUUUACUCUCUGGAGGAGUUUCUGCAAUCUGUUUCGGUGCUUGUUUUAACAUUAUGCAGGGAAUUUGAAAGCUCUAGCUUCCAUUGGGAAGUUUCUGUUUAGGGGUGCGUUGCUCAAUUCUCCUCCCGCGGUGGAUCAAUGGCAGCAAAUAUACAAUGGAGACUGUUUCCUCAUUUGUUUUGAACAGUUUCCUUCAUAUGUUCUCCAUGAUGUAACCCGAGAUUUAUUUAAUCAGGUUCUGGUCGUUGUUCUGUCCAUACAUGAUAUGAAUCAUUCUUGUAGUUGCAGUAGCUCGUCCAUGAAAGUCGUAACUCAUGUAGUUGCUUCUUUAUAUGGUUUGAGUGAAUUUGUUUUUAAUUUAA